CACCCCGCCCUCUUGGGAGUUUCCUGGAAGGAGAGGUGAGCUGGCAGAGGAGCGCUGCUCUGCAGAGUACUGCUUCUGAAUUCUGGGCUCCAGCCUGCCAUGGGGGCCUAGGAGGCACCCUGGAAUAGUUCUGCACGUGCAAGAAGACGUAGGGACCCGUCAGUGGCAGCGAAGAUAUGUCUGACCUUUGCCGCCUCUGUUCCUCUCAGCUUCGAGGAUCACGCCGUAAGUGGCUCUUCGGGGGCUCGGGGUCCCUCCUUCCCUUAUUCUCCCAAGUAUUAGGGACCCCCAUCCUCCGCAACUCACCUGGAUCAGCCCCAAAGCCCGGCAAAGGGAAGGGGCGGCCGGAAGAUGCAGAGUUUCUCUGCGGAAAGUGCUGCCACUCGCUCAACGUCUACCACCGCUAUGACCUGGUGUUGUUUCGCAUGCGGGAGCUGUAUGAGCAGAGGUCCACCCGUCUGGUGACAGAGAAGGAUAAGCUUUCGUUUACCUUGCGUACUAUCCACGCCAGGGCCUGGGGCCUUCCACUGCCUGAGUACCAUGGUCAUCACCAAGACCGUAACACCUAUGGGUAUCGGGGUUCUUACAAUGAUCUCAGUUCUUCUGGCUCCUAUAAGUCUCGUAAUAAUUCCCUUUCUCCAGGAUACCAAAACUCAUGUCCCAAUUCUCCCUUUCCUGACCGUCUGGGGUCUUUCCGUGGUUCUUUGGGUUCUUUGUCUUCUGAUGCUCCUUCAAAGUCUUACCAAAAACUUCUAGAACAAGACCGUUCAUUGUGGGAGCAUGAGAGCUGGUGGGACGACCGCCACAAGGGCUGCUCACGUUGCAUCAAGGGCGAGAAGUGUCAUUCUUGUUCUUCCUGGAGAGUUUCUGAUGCCAAUUAUGAGUCUGUAUGUACCGUCCCUCGAAGGAGGAAACACAGCAGAGGAACAGAUGAUGGCUCGGUUCUUCUAAGGAGCAAAUCUUUGGGAAGUGUUGGUGGAGAAAGUGCCAGCAGCAAGGGCUCCCUCCUCUCCUUAUCCGCCUCUUCUUUGGAUUCCCUUUCUUUCGUGGGUGAAGAAGGUGAUGGAGGAGUAUUUUGGGAAGCAAAGUCUCCUUUAGCCUCAUCUCCUCCUUCGUCAUUUCCUUUACCCAAGCCAGGGGUGGCAGAAGUGUUGAAAAGCUUGAAGGAAAUUAAGUACAGUCCAGUUAAAACACCAACAAGGAGCAAGAUACCCAUCAGGAGUCAACAGAAGACAAAGGUGGAAGAUGUGGACCAAUAUGUAGAAGAUGGCAUCUACGAGAGGCCACCAGUAGAAGAACCAGCUGGAGACUUGGAUGUGUACAUGGGUAUCGGGCCUGAGGUCUGCAGUACUCAAGCUUCUCGUUUCCUCCACAUCCAGGAGACCUUAAAAUGGCUACAGACAAACCUGAAGACCUCACAGAGUUGCGGCAACUUGUCGGGGCAGCAGGACCAAGUGAUAGAACAGCAAGAACUGAUACGAGAAUUAAUCAAGAGACUCAAGUUCAAGGAUGAAGUCUUGGAGGAAUCUCUGACUUUGCUGCUGACUCUUCCUGUGGCCUCUGACCCAUACGGGGAACUUAUCACAGACUUCGUUGAGAAAUUAAGGGCACAAGAAGAGCAGAUAAAGAAAGAAGGGGAUGAGGUGGCCGAAAUCAAACGCCAAAGAGAGGCAGAAGUGAAACGUCUACAGGAGGAGCUGAGAGCAAGAGAAGAAGACAUCACCCGAUUGUCCAAGGUUCUGCGUGACAAUCAGGACACCAUUACAGCUCUGCGCGACCUCCUGGGAGAGAAGGACUUCACCAUCCAGAGGAUGGAGGUGGCACUGGACUCUUCUGUUCGCUCCUCAGCUUCUCAGGAUGCUCUGCGCCUCGCUGCUCUGCGGGAGAAGGAUUCACUGAUUGCAGCAGUACAAGGAGCCCUGAGUAGCAGCAAUCAGGAUGUAGAGGCCCUUGCAGACUCUCUCUUAUCCCAGGGACUGGAUGACCUUAGUACCUCAAUUCCCGGACUGUCAGCCCCUAAUCCUCUAAUGUCCCAGCUACAGGAGAAAGGACGACUGCUAUCCCAGGCCCACGCGGACAAUCAGCGUCAGAGUAUUCAGCACCAGCGAGACAUCCAAGAUCUACUGAAUGCUCUCAAUGAGAGCCAGACACUGCUCCAGGAACAGCUGCGACAUUGUAAGAAACGUCUGCAGGACGGGGCUCAGGAGCAGAAGACGCUGAGAGAGGCGCUGAGAGAGAAGGAGAAGGCGCUGCAAGAAGAGAGACGGAGGCACAGCGCCGACCAGCACCAAGUCAGUGCCAAACUGAUGCAGCUGCAAGACUCCGCCAGGGAGAGGGACCAGGCCACCAAGAAACUGCUGCAGGAUGCUGAGAGCAGAGAUCAGCUGAUCAAGAAGCUUCAGGAAAGACUGAAGCCGUGCGGGGAGGUCAGAGACACGCUGUGAGAUCUCCUUUUUCCUACUUACCUGAUGGGAAUCAAAUGUGGAAAUUUUCAUACAUUGUUUACCAGCUGAAUACUCGGAACCGGGAUCAUCUUUCUCCUGGAGGAACCUGAUGUGGUGAUUGUGGAGUAGGGAAGGGGGGGGGGGGUUGUCAGGCCUGAAAUAACUUGGGUUCAUUGAUCUAUGAAAAGAGACUAUAUUUCUUGAGAAAAUAUCAUAUGGGGUUAGAGAGUCUGAAAGUUCUCAGAAAUGUAAGAGAAUGUGGGAAAUGUUGUUAGUUUAAAAUGGUGGGAUAGGUGAGAAAAUUUGGAAGUCUAGUCGAUCCCUGGAGAAGGUUGUGGUAAGUUACAAGGCUGCUCAGGAUCAUAUAUAUAUAUAUAUUUAGAUCUUCUACUCCAAGUCAAUACAUUUACUUUGGGAUGAUAAGAAAAUAAGAGGGUUUUUUUUUGUGCCUAUUAACGUAAUGUCCUACAGGAAGACCAUAGAGAACAGGCCAGACAUGGCCAAUGGUCUCCAGAUGAAAUCCUGAGCUAGUCUUCUCAAGCUAGAUUGGGACAAAAGCAUUGAUGAUGUCUGAUCUGACGGCCAUGACUUCGUAGGGGUUGAAGAACAAUGUCUUACUGAACUGUAUUCUUCUGUCACCGGUGGUGGCUAUAGUGGUCGGCCGUGCCACACGGGUGACAUUCAGCCCUCAUACUGCCUGCCGUCAUCUACUGUAAGGACUACAUGGAAGACAACUGCUCUUGGGGUCCACUUUAAUGAACAGCCUUGGUGGAGACCAUAAUGUUCAUGGCCUGUCUUUGGUCAGGUAGCAGGACCAGAUCAUGUAUAGAUGUUUCGAGGUUCGGGGAUCACUUACUUUAGAUCAUAUCUUGUAAUGGAGGAUUUCUCAUACUUGAAUCUUGUAUUUUCUCAUCGCUCUGCUUGUGGUCUCACCAUUACAGAGGAGCUGUUCACAAACCUUGGAUAGCAAUCGGCACCUCAUAUCUCUGCUUCCUGGACCAUCGAGCCACGGAAGGAGCAGAACAUUGUAGAUGACUGCGGUCGCUCCUCCAUUUUCUGUUUGAGUAAUUCGGAAUUAUUGAGGUUCUAUCUGACUAUAAUUAUCAAUAUUAUCUGGGGUUAGAAAAAUGGUUUUGCUUUUGUCCACAAACAGCGCCACCCUUGUUCAUGGGCUGAGCCUGGUAUUGCAGCUAAGGAGUAUGUACUUGAAUGUGGACAAGCUGCAGUACAAGGCACAGCCCAUGGACAAUGGUGGCGCUGAACAAAAACAAACCAUUUUUCAUUUUCUUUUCACCAUGGAGUGACUUAUUUUUUCCAAUUCCAGAAAACCCCUAUUAAGGCCUUAUUCAUACAGCUGCAUUUUAGCGUCUAUGCUCUGGCCACCUGACCUGAACCAUACUCAGACCACCAUAGAACGUGCAUCAUGACUGUCUGAAUGAGGCGCAUUAUGCAAUGUCUCUUGCGGUGAUCAAGUUGUCGUCUUGUCCUUGGUGACUACUAUGCUGCUCAGCUCAGUAGUAAUGGAGCAUUGUUACUGCUUUACAUCUGACUACAGGCAUUUUACAUCUCAACCAAUCAGAAUGCCCCUUUCAUUUUCUAAUGAGCAUCUGAAAAAUGAGAGCUGUAAUCUGAUUGGUUGCCAUGGGCAGCUGCUCAGGUUUUGAGGCCUCUCCCUGUAGUGUAUUCUCGGCCUGGUCGGCAGCUUCUGGGAAUCAUGGGAGAUGUAUUGCCCUUAGCAACCAAUCGCAGCACUGCUUUCAUUUCACAUUCUGCCCUUAAAUGAAAGUUGUGUAAUGACUGGUUGCUAUGGGCAAAGUUUUGGGUGCCAUCCAGCAGGAACUGGUUAAGUCAGAUCACAAAACAUGUCCUCCCCAAGAUUGCUUUACAAAAACGGCGCCACGCUUGUCCAUAGCUGGUACUGCAGCCAAGUCCUAUUCACUUCCGUGAAGCUCAGCUGCAAUACCAGAUACAACCUGCAGAUGGACGUGGCGCUGUUUUUGGAAAAAGGUAGCCAUUUUUGUCUGAUUCUGUACAUUCCUUUGGGAGUCACCCAUUUCUCUUCUUAAGGAUUUUUUUAUUUUUUGUGAUCAAUGUUCACGAUAAAUGUUCCAGAAAUUACUAAAAUGUUUAGGGGUUUGUCUAUGGCCGGCCUUACCCGUACUUGAGAAUAGCACGGCAGCACUUCCGUAACUAAGCCACCACUGCCGUUUGCCGGGCCACCCUAUCACUGCCGUGUGCCAGGCCACCAUCUGUUGAGUUUCUCAGGCCCACGUGGCUGGUAUCGGGGAUAUCUGAUGUAUUUUAUUUGUCGCCCUGGUGAUGGUGCUGGUUGUCAAUAUCGGUGCCACCUCCUGCCAUGACUGGAAACGCCAGACCAGCACUGUCACUGCCCGCCACUAGCGGCUGGUUACCCAUCAACCUCAGUUCAGGAAGUGGUUUAUCGCCAUACGCCUGCCAGUGAUUGGCUGCCUCUGUUCCGCCUGACUUUCUGGCGGUCCACUCUACUGAACUAAUUCUCUUAAUGCUUGUAAUUAUUCAUGUUCCGGGGUUGUAAUCAAAUCAGAUUCUGUAAAUAAAAUGUCUAUAUUAAUUACA